GUUCUGGUCGACAGAGUUUUCGAAAAAUUCCCUUGUAAACAUUCAUUCUCAAAGGUAAGCAGUGUGACUUGACGAACUUUUGCUUACGCAUACAUACGACUGAGAAAUUUUGUGCUUUUUCUUAGAGACAUCUGAAGAAUUUUACCAAAAUGGAAAGAAAUUACGACUAUAUUUUUGAGCAACGUGAAGAAGUGACGUUUAAUGUUGUGGAUUAUGUAGUGUUUGGUAUAACUCUAUUGAUCUCAGCUUCAAUUGGACUAUAUUAUGCCAUCAAAGACAGAAAAAAGACGGAUGAGAAAGAGUUUCUUUUGGCUGGAAGAUCGAUGCAGACUUUUCCGGUGGCGUUAUCUCUCUUGUCCAGUUUUAUAUCCGCCAUCACCCUAUUGGGUACCCCAGCUGAGGUAUACACCAAUAACACCAUGUACUGGUGGAUUUCCAUCGGGUUCAUCAUCUCAGCCACAGGAACCGCCCACAUCUUUGUACCCGUCUUCUACCAGCUAGAAAUAACCAGCGUAUUUCAGUAUAUAGAGUUACGCUUUGGCCACGUGUGUCGAGUGAUUGGGUCCAUUAUCUACCUCCUUUGGAUGUUGCUAUAUAUGGCAGUUGUGCUCUACGGCCCAUCCUUAGCUCUCAAUGCAGUGACAGGAUUGUCAUUAUGGGGUUCCAUAAUUGCGGUUGGAUUCGUCUGUAUUUUCUACACUACCCUGGGAGGUAUGAAGGCUGUCGUCUGGACAGAUUCGUUCCAAAUGUUGGUUAUGUUCGCUGGGAUGCUGGCUUUGUUGAUUUCCGGAAGUAUGAAGCUUGGCGGGCUUGAUGUUGCGUGGGACAUUGCCGAAAGAAACCAGAGGAUACUUUUCUUUGAAUUCGAUCCUGACCCCUCUGUACGACACACCACGUGGAAUGUAGUCGUAGGUGGCGGGUUCUUUUGGAUGGCGAUUUACGGAAUCAACCAAGCCCAGGUUCAGCGGGCCAUAUCUGUGCCAUCAGUGAAGCAUGCCAGAACAGCAAUAUGGCUGAACUUUCCCGGGAUGUUUGUGAUUCUGUCCCUUGUCUGUUCUGUUGGAGUAGUUAUGUAUGCAUUUUAUUCCACAUGCGACCCUGUCAGUAUUGAAGUUAUCAAGAAAACGGACCAAUUGAUUCCCUUGUUUACUAUGGAUUUGUUGGGACAUUUGCACGGAUUACCAGGAUUAGUCUUGUCGUGUGUCUUUAGCGGAAGUUUAAGCACUAUUUCCUCUGGACUCAAUGCUGUAGCCGCAGUCCUACUAGAGGAUUUUGUCAAGCCAUACUUUUGUAAGAAAAUCUCGGGUUAUGCAGCUACCAUAUUCUCUAAAGCAACAGUGGUUGGUUGUGGUCUAGUUUGUCUGGCGUUAGCGUAUUUCGUCUCAGAGCUUGGUGCAAUUCUACAGUUGGCGUACGUCCUGUUUGGUAUCCUAGGUGGCCCACUUUUGGGUCUGUUUACCUUCGGAAUGUUGUGCCCUUGGGGAAACGCAUGGGGAGGAACCGUCGGCAUUGUGACAUCUCUGGCAUUUGUUGCGUGGAUUGGCCUUGGAACUUCUUUGAAUAAUGUGGUCGUUACCCCUAAGUCACCUCUGACAACCGCAGGAUGCAACAUGACAGCCAUUAAUGCUCUAAGGGGAGUGGCCACCACCCUCGCCCCAACCACUUCCGCUGCGAUUGCAAGCACCACUCCGGCUGUGCCGGAACCACCCGAGGACUACUUUCUGCUUUACCGGAUGUCUUAUAUUUGGUACACAGGACUAGCGGUUAUAACUGUUCUUAUUAUAGGCAGUAUUGUCAGUCUUAUAACAGGUGGUCACAAAAGAAUGUCAGAGAUUGAUCCUAGAGUUAUCUGUCCCUUUUUUGAUGUUUUUAUGCCAUUUUUACCAGAGUCUUUCCGUCGUAAAAUGAGAUGUGGCGUCAGGCAUGGUGAUGAGGAAUUUAUUUCACAGUUCCAUACAACCCAGGAUGAGAAGCUACAGCACGAAGGAAAUCACAACAUGGCGUUAGAGAUUUCACAAAUAGAUUUGUCAGAAAAGAAAGACGUUACAAACGGUUACACGCCACAUAUUGAUACCGACCUAUCAACCAAACUGUAAAUUUUUACCAUGAUAAGGCGACAUUCAAGAUUUUACAAUGUUGGAAAUCCAUGAAUAUCAUCCUGAAACAUGCUAGCUAUACUUUUAUUUUCAUCCUGUAAAUAGUUUAAGUAUGCAUAUAUAUGUAAAAAGUUUCAGUUUGCUCACAGAGUAUCCAUGAGGCAAACAGUGGGUUUUGCGCCCAGGUUUUAAAGAGUUUAUUUGAAGAAUAUGCAUGGAUUUCUUCUUUUCUGUUGUCUCAUAUGUAAGCUUGCCUUCCAGUAUAUAAAAGUAACUGGUGAAAUUGUAAGGGACGGAGUAGUGGGGUACGCUACCCUCGUCGACAAUUGCAUUUUCAUCCCCCAUGCAAAACAAUGAUUUUUGUUUGUUUGUUUUGUGUGUAUGUGUUAAUUGUAUUUCUAGAUAGACUAGUUCCAUUUGUUACUUAUGAGCAGUACAUGUUGUUGCAUAUGUUCUGAAAUUCUUACGAGUAUUUUUUAGCGAUAUUCAAUAUUUGAGCAGCGUUGAAUAAUUUUCUUGAUCAAAUGCUGAACUGAAUUUCCAUUUGUCAGGACUAAAUUCAAAUUUUGUUCAUCUUUCAUUUACAUCACCUGGGUCAGGCCGAUACGCAGUUUGUUUAAUUAUUCGGGUUUUUUUUUUGUUUGUCUGUGUGUGUGUUUUGUGGGGUUUUUUUUGUUUUUUGUUUUUGUUUUUGUUUUGUUUUAGGUCAACAAGUAAACGUUCAUCGCUAAAUAUAUGUGUUACUGUUUUAGUGCUUCCGGAAGUACAUGUAUACAUUUUAUAAUUUUACCAUGCCUCGUGCAGGGUUUAGGUCUUUGUUGUGGUGUUAGAUUAAACAUUUGUCACAGUCCGAAUUUAUUUUAUUAUAGAUAUUGACUUUUCCUACAAACAGAUUUUUAUUGUCACAUAUUUUUUAUAUACUUAUACAUGUUUACAA